AAAGUUUGGAAUGGAUAUCCUGCCUUUGUAUGAGUUUAGCUUGACGGUGUCUGAACAAGUUAUCAGAGGCUUUACGUACGGCAAUUAGUACAAAACUAUUUCGCCGGAGUUUGGUGUCCAUUCACUGUUAUUUUUCAGGGGGAAUAGGCGGAGAUGGCGGCCGUCCUGCUGCAGGUCCUGGAGCGGACGGAGCUGAACAAACUCCCGAAAGGCGUCCAGAACAAGCUCGAGAAGUUUGUAACGGAGCUGCAGAAUGCUAACGAGGCGCUCAAGACGCAGCAUGAGCGGUUCAAAGCAGACAGCGAACAGCAGUACUUUGACAUUGACAAGAGACUGGCAGAGAGUCAGGAACAGAUCCUGUCUGCCACCAGAGACCUGCAGACACUCAAGGAGGAGAAUAAAAAACUGAAUGAAGAGCUGAGCACUCUGAAGGGAAUAGAGGGAGAGACCUCUGAAGACAAACCACCACAACAGCAAACUAAGGCCAAGUAUGAGAUUGAGGCGGAGAAGAGAGAGCUGGCGAGGCUGCUGGAGAAGAGAACGCAGGAAGUGGAAAACCUUAGUGAGGAUGUGAAACGUCUGAAUGAGAAGCUGACGGAGACCAGCAAAGUCAAGAUGGAGCUGCAGUUGAAGUUGGAUGACAUACAGUCAACUGAGGCUUCUGUACAGCACCGGGAGAAGCGCAUGGAGCAGGAAAAAGAGUUACUGGAGAAGAAAAUAGAGUGGGUAACAGCAGAGCUGCAAACCAAAACUGAAGAACUGUUGAAGACCAACAGAGAGAAAGGCAAAGAGAUCCUGGAGCUACAAGGCAGUCUUAAGAACAGCAAAGACCAGGUGACCAGACUGGAGAACCAGCUCACCUCUCUCAAGGAAACUGCUGAAAAUCAGACUAAAAGAGCUGCAGACCUCAACAACAAACUGAAGCAGGCUAAAGAUGAGCAGAGUGCAAUGGAGGAGAAAUACCGCAAUGAGCUCAAUGCUCAUGUCAAGCUCUCUUCACUCUACAAGGGGGCAGCAACAGACACUGAGUCCAAGAACCAAGAACUGAGCAGAGCAGUGGAGGAGCUCAGUAUGCUGGUUAAAGAAACUGGGGAAGCCAAUAAGACUCUAGAAAAGAAGGUGUUGGAGGCAGAGGAACUAAAGACUCAGUUCGAGGCAGAGCUUAGAGAGAAGAUCAAGAAAAUGGAGAAAGAGCUUGAAAAUGCCACAAUGAAGGCUGCUGGCAAACACUGCUGCGCACCAUCUCUGACUGAGGAGCAGUUGGACUCCAUGUGUCCAUCAGCAGCUGCCAUCGCUGCCAUCGUCAAGCCUGGCAUGAAGUUCUUUGAUCUGUACAAUGCGUAUGCAGAGUGUCAGACACAGCUUCAGCUUGAGAAGCAGGAGACCAGGAGGGUGAGCAGAGUGCUGGAUGAGAUCGUACAGGAGGUUGAGUCCAAGGCUCCUGUCCUCAAGCGCCAGAGAGAAGAGUAUGAAAGCAUGCAGAGAUCCAUGGCCUCCCUGUGCAACAAGCUGGAGCAAGCUCGAACGGAGAUCUACAGUUUGCAGAAAGAGAAAGAAGAGGUAAAGCAGUGCUGUGAAAGCAUGGAGAGAGAUAAACUGAGGGCAGAGAGACAGCUGGAGGAUACAUCUACUCAGGUCUGUGCUCUUCUGGUGGAGCUGGAGGAAGCAAGAGGUAACCGGGUGACCAAGGGCGACGGCAGCUCCACCAACAUUUCCAGCACCUCUGAGGUCAUCGGUUCACGGCAGCUGUCCUUCCGCAGUGUGGAGGAGCUGCAGAGGCAGAACCAAAGUCUGCUGGGAAGGCUGAGGGUACUGGAGGAGGAGAAGGACAGACAGAAGAGCCAAGUCACAUCAGCACGUGUGUCGGAGCUGGAGGCAAGUGUGAAAAAGCUUCAGAAGGAGGCGGAGCAACUGAAAGAGCAGAGGAACCAGCAGAAACAACUGGCUGAUUCCAGCGCCAGACAGAGAGACAUGUACAAGGCCCUACUGACGCAGAGUACGGGCUUCAGCCUGCCUCCUCAAGGUCCAGAUUCUUCAUCCCAGCCUGCACCUGUCAGGCCUUCAGUCCCAGCUACUCGCUCUACUCCUCAAAGAGCUGCUGCUGCUGAGUCUGCACAGACAGCUCAGGCUAAAGCCGCUUUAAAACAGCUGAAUGAUGCCUUCACCCUGUAUAAGAAGGAGAAAGCAGAGAACGACAGGAUGUUGAAUGAAACAAAUGACAAGCUGCAGAAGCAGCUGACAGAACUCCGCUCCAGUCAUGCCAAGGUCACCUCACAACUAGAGUUCAGCAACAAGAGGUAUGAGAUGCUCCAGGAGACUGUAUCUGCCUACCGUAGAGAGAUCUCUGCCCUACAGGAGAGGAGCCAGAAAAUGGCUGCAACAGCCCAACGUCACGAGCACAUUAUCCACACAAUGAGCCAGGACCUGCGACAGGCUAAUGAAAAACUGGCACUGGAAGAGGUACGUGUAGAGAACUUGACUAAAGAAAGAGACAUGUUACGACAAGCAGAGAGUCGACUCAAUCGAGAUAAGGAAGCCAUGCUGGCUGAGCAAAGGAACCAGAACCUGCUGCUCACCAACCUCAAGACUAUACAGUUGACUAUGGAACGUACAGAGACAGAUACUCGCCAGCGACUGAACAACAAGAUUGAGCAUCUGGAGGCAGAACUGGCUUCAAUGAAAACCAGGCUCGAACAGGAAGUAGCACAGAGACACAGUCUUGGGCGCACCAUGGAUGCUCAGUUAUUAGAGGCUAAGAAACAGCUAGAGACCCAGAACACCUUGCAGCAGAAGACAAGGGAGUUGUUGCGUAGCGCCGAGCAGCAGGUGGCAGCACUUAGAGCCCAGCUGGCUGCUACUUCAUCUUCGGAGGCCGUCACCACCUCCAGCAACACACCCACCCCAGCUAUCAGAACUGCAGGACUUAGAGCGCCACUCCGAGCAUCAGUACGCUCUCCAGUGCCAGCAGCCUCCCAGCACCCCAGCCAAUCGGAGCAGGAACUUAUGGAAGUGAAAGGUCUUCUGCGCACUGUAGAGGAACAAAAAAAUGAACUUGCAGAGCAGCUAAAGAAUGCUAAUGCUAAUGUGGAGCAGUACAGAGCUGUGGUACUGACUCUGGAAGACAGUCUGAAGAAAGAAAAGGAGUCUCGCUCCCCUCUGGAGAUCCGGCUGAAGGAGUCUGAGGAGGUGCAGAAGCAGCUGGAGAAGAGAAUUUUGGAGGUGGAGAAAAUGAAGCAGCAUGAGCAAGAACAGAAGCGAAAAGCUGUAGAUGCAGUGGAAAAACAAGUGUUAGAGCUGCAGCGUAAUCUGAAGCUCAGCCAGGCAGAGCAGCAGGAAGCGCUGGAGAGGGCUACUGCUGCUGUUACUCUUGAGCAGAAGGCCAUACAGGACAGCCUACUCCAGACAAAGCUAGCUGGAGAGGCGCAGGCUAAGUAUGAGCGCGAGCUAAUGCUUCAUGCUGCUGAUGUGGAGGCCCUUCAGGAGCUGAAGAAAAGGUUCCAGAUAGAAGCAUCAAAGAAGAGGGAGUUAGAGGAGCAAAUAAACAAGACCUCCUCCCUCCUGCAGGAGAAGACUGCAGCCUUUAAUGCACUGGAGAGACAGCUGAAGGAUGAUCUGUCCAAUAAGAGUCGUCGCUGUGAGGAGCUGGGGAAGCAGAAUACACUUCUGCACCAACAGAUGGAUGAGAUGGCCUCCAAGAGUCGUCAGGUGCAACAGCAGCAUCAGCAGCUGCAACUUGACUUGUCAUUCAGUGAGGAAGGGAAGACCACUGAACAGAUACUAGAAAUACUAAGGUUUGUGCGGCGUGAGAAAGAGAUUGCUGUGGCUCGAUGUGAAGCGUCUGAGGAAGAAGCUCUUCGCCAUAAACAGCGGGUGGAACACCAGGACAGAGAACUGAAGGAGCUCCAGGAAGCUCUUAACACUGAGAGGGAGAAGAUGCAGGCUACAUCGAAGACUCUGUCCCAGCAGGAGGAACAGCUUAAGAAGAUUGAGACUAUCGGUGCUGUCCAAGAAAGCAACAGGUUGCUGAAAAUGGACCGUGAUAAACUGGAGCAAGAGCUGCAGCAAGCUCAGGCUAAAGUUACGAAGCUCCAAUCAGACAUCAGCCCACUACAUCACUCUUUGUCUGUGCUGUCUGAGAAAAAUGGCUCCCUGCAGGCUGAUAAGAGGAUACUGGAAGAAGACCUAAAACGCUGGAAGGCUAAAACACAGCAACUGAUUAGCCAACAGAAAGACGGCGACAUUGAAGAGAGACAGAAAAUCACCAAUGAGAGAGAAGCUCAGCAAAGGCGCAUUGCACAGUUGGCUGAAGAGACGGCCAAGCUGAAGACUGAACUGGCAAGGUCCAGUGCCAGCAGUAACUCCGCUCAGUCUCAGCUGCAAGGCCUCAGAGAUUCUGUGGCCCGUCUGACGUCAGAGAGGGAUGCUCUGAAGAAAGACCUAGAAACCAAAAACAGUGACAUUCUGGAGAAGAACAAGACCAUCACACAGGUGAAGAAGAUUGGACGACGCUACAAGACCCAGUAUGAGGAGCUCAAAGCCCAGCAUGACAAGAUGGUUGAGGAAACGGCUGCUAAAGCAGGAAGUGAGGCGUCUCCAAGCCAGGAGGUGCAGCAGGAGCUGACAAAAGCCCAGGAGGAGCUCACGAAGGCUAGAGAGGAGCUGAACACACUGAAGGAGGAGGUGCAGAAAAAGCAGGAGGAGGCCCAGAAGUCUCAGCAGGGGCUGGAGGAGGCCAAGAAAGAAAACCAGCAGACCAAGGAAAAGUUUCUGGAGGUCAAAAACCAGCUGACACAGAACCAGAACCAACUGACACAGGUUCAGUCCCAGUUGUCCCAGGCCCAGACUCAGCUGCAGCAGAAUCAGAACCAGCUGACCCAGAGUCAGAAAGACCUUCAGCAAGCAAAGACCCAGACCCAGCAGGCACAGAACCAGUUAAAAUCAGUCCAAUCUCAAGCUCAGGCCCGUCAGAACCAGAUUCAGCAGAUCCAGAGGGACCUUCAGCAGGCUAAAGAAGCCCUUCAGCAGAACCUUGCUAGUCAGAAAGAACUACAGCAGACACAGCAAAGCACGCAGCAAAGCUACAGCCAGGAAGUUAGCAACCUCAAGACUGCUCUCAGCCAAGCAGAGAGUAAGGUGGCCGAGCUUCAAGGCAACCUGGACGGCAUGCAGAAGACAAUUAGUGAGCGUGAAGCAGACAUUAAGCAUCUACAGGAGCAGCUGAUUGAAGCUAAACAGAAUAAUGAAGCUCACGAAGCCACACAGGCCAACCAGAACCAGAAUCCCCCGUCCAUCCAAGCCAGUGAUGCUAACAUUGCUGGUGAUGCUAACCAGGUGCUACAAGAAGAGGUGGCAAAACUCAGACAAGAGCUGUCUGAGGGCAAGAACAGAGAGGAGCAGCUUAGACAGCAGAUGGCUGACAAAGAGGAAAAGACUAAGAAGGUCUUCAUGGGAGCCAAAACCAAAAUCAGCCAACUAAACAGUGCCAAGGAGCAGCUCAGUCAGGAGGUAGAAGAACUGAAACAGAGUAAGGAGGAACUGGAGGUGAGAAUGAACGCCCUCAAGUCUCAGUAUGAAGGACGAUUUCUUCGUCUGGACAGAGAGUUGAGAGAACUGAGAGAGACACAAGCACAGACUGAAACCAGAGAGGAACCACAAGACCAGAGUGGAGCUAAGGCGGGUGAUCAGGCCAGAUCUGCAGACCAGAGACAAGUAUCUCUUAAGAGUCCUGGCCAAGACAGAGGAAGCUCCAGCCUGUCUGAUCCACCUACAGCCAACAUCCGGCCAACCCCAAGUACUCCAUCUCCUAGCAACAAGCCAAGCCCAUCUACCGGUAGCAAGGCAACACCACGUGCCAGCAUCCGACCUAUGGUUACCCCAGCAACCGUCCCCAUCCCGACACCUACUGCCACUGUCAUGCCGACCACACAGACUGACAGCCAAGAGGUGCUGAUGAGUGCAGGAGCCUCUGUACACUCUACAAGCUCCACUCUGGUGAGCACACCCACAUCAAUACCUCCAACCAGCAGCCAGGCCACAGCUUUCGUUCAGCCCACCCAGCAGCAGGCAGCCAGUCAGGAUGCAGGCCCCAGUGUGGAGGCAGAGCGUCCAUCUACAUCCUCUUCCCUGACUGGACCAGGCUCAAAGCGAAGCAGAGAGGAGGAAGAGGAGGAAGAAAACAGAUCAGAGAGUUCACACACACCUCCAACCACCAAAAAGCUACGACUCAAACCAACAAUAGCACUGGAGAUGGAAGGUGAUGAGGAGAUUGAAGGAGAGCUGAGGGAUGAGGGAGAACAAGAGGAUUCACCAGAUGACAGUCAGGAACUUCCAGAGGAGAGUUUUCCCGUUUUAGCUGAAGAUGACGAGGACAUCGAGGAGGAAAGCGUGUCCCAGUCUGUCCCCUCUGAUCAGAUUUCCUCGCAGGGCUCUGCUCUCAUUCGGGACGUCAUCGUGAUUGAGACAGACAGCGACAGCCGUGAGAGCAAAGAUGGGGAGGAGAAGCGAGAGGACGAAGGUGAAGAGGAAGAAGAAGAAGAAGAAGAAGAGGAGGAAGAUAAUGAGUAUAAGGAGGAAGAGGAGGAGGAUGAUGAUGAAGAUGAGGACGAAGCUGGGGACUGUAGGAUGAGGGGACAGGAGGAGAGUAAUGAGGACAGCAGGGAGGCAGAAGAGGAGGCCGAAGAGGAGGAUCCAUCAGAAGCCUCCAACACUGAGGAGAAUAUGGGUGAAGCUUCGUCAGACUCUCAGCGUCCCUCUGAGCCAUCGCACAGCAGUGAAGGCAGCAGCAGCGCCACAUCAGAGUCAGACCCCCCAAGAGACCCUGUACACCUCGCUCCAACCCCCUCCCCCUCCUCCCUCUCCUCCCUUACACCCCGUCUGCCCCACCCACGCAGGCCCCCACACCCGCUCCCUCCCCGGCUGUACAUCCAACCUCCAGCUCCAGAGCUGGGACCCCCUCACUCACAGAGACAGCCCUCUCAGCUGCGCAGACCAUCAGUAGGACGGGGACCUCAACUAACCCCUGGAAUAGGCAGUAUGCAACAUUUCUUUGAUGAUGAUGACAGAAUGGUUCCCAGCACUCCCACUCUGGUAGUUCCACACCGCAGUGAUGGCUUUGCUGAGGCUAUACACUCUCCGCAGGUAGCAGGUCUGUCCACCAGGUUCAGGUUUGGACCUCCAGAGGACCUGCUGCCUCAGACAUCAGCCUCACACUCUGACCUGGGACAGCUGGCCUCUCAAGGAGGCCUGGGGAUGUAUGAGUCUCCUCUGUUUCUGGCUGCUCAUGACGAAGACGGAGGAGGACGGAGUGUCCCCACCACACCUUUACAAGUGGCUGCGCCAGUGACGGUCUUCACAGAGUCCUUGCCUUCAGACAGUGGUGACAACUUGGCAUCCCAGUCAGUUCCCAUGGUAACCGCCUCCACAGGGAUGUCCUCGGCUGCAGAUGAUGGAGAUGAAGUCUUCAUGGAGCAGGGGGGAGAGGGCCCUGGUAUUGAAUCCUCUUUGGAGAGCCAAGCAGACAUGGAGUCAUCAGGACAGCAGAGUGAUGAUGCAUCACUGCCAUCUACCAGCCAAGACCCUGACACCAGCAGUGUUCCUCAGCGGCGCACAGUGAGCACUCUGAUCGGCAGCCUGUCAGGCAGAGGGACCAGAGGAGGGAGAGGGGAGGCCAGGACACUGCUCAGCCGCAGAGGAACCUUCUCUCGAGGAGGAAGGGGAGGAGCCAUGGGCAGAGGGGGCUUCGCCUGAUGAUGUCACCAGCAGCAACUCACCAGACAUUUCACCCCACAAGAAAAAUUAAAAUCAAAGUCAUUCAGUAUAUCAGAUAUUCUGUUUGGUCCAAAUCAGUAGUCACACUAUUACGGGCAAGAUGUGACUGCUAUGUCUGUGCGUGAUCCUUUUUCUGGGAUAUGUAAGCUCACCCUCUUUGUAAAAUCCAGCUUGUUUUAAGUUGACUUGUAAUUGCCGUUUCAUGUGUAUUCAUGAGAGCAGUUCCCGGUUUGUCAUUUUGUUAGUGUCACUGUUUUGCUCUUUCUUUGGGCUGUUAUUAUUACACGUUUUAAUAAUAAAGUCAAAUGAUAAUUGCAGAGA